AACCGGAUUCCGUAUAAAUGGAAUUUUGUGACUUUUGACUUUGAAAUUAUUUUGAUUAAUCAAUCAAUCAAGAUGAGCGUGUCAAAGUGUCAAAAUUGAUACGGGAUAUAUUCGUAAUUCAAAAUUUAAGUAUAUUAUUUUAAAAAAAAAAUGCAGCUUCACGUGAAUAUGCGCGAUACUGGUACACCAAAAAAUUGCAAUUUUUGCGGUGAUAAUAAAACUUCUGUACCAACGAGUAUCUACAAGGUCGAAAAUUGGAUACAAUCCUGUCAGAAUCGAUGCCCCGAAUAUCAAAAUACAUCCCCGAUAUCGAAAAAAAGUAAAAAACGUUUAAAAAGCAAAAGCAAAAGUUCAAUUGGAUCCGGAAAGAGUGCGAAAUCAGUAACUUUUUCGAACAUCAAAGUAGGAACGACCUUGAAAUCCACAUCGAUGGUUCAACCUUGCAUCCAUUACACGAAAGAUGCGAAUUUUCCGGUACAAAUGACCACGCACUUAACUAGAAUUGAUAAUCCGCCGAACAGAACGUGUUCCUGUUCAUCUAAUUGCGUCACGAACAAACAACGAUGCAUUAAAUCCCAUCAAUUGAUAUCGAGAUUCAAUCCCUACCCCAUACAACAGGUAGCACAACGUGUGAGCAAAACAAGAGUCCUUUUGUCAGGAUUGAAGACAGAGUUGAAUAAAGUGAAGUCGCAAUUAACAAAUAUAUCCUUGGAAGUGACUAGGAGCAACGCGAGCGCCCCCAGCAGUCGGAUAGAGAGAGAAAUCUACGAAUUGAAACUUGAAAACGUGAAAUUGAAAAAAGAACUGGACACGAAAAGGCAACAGUGCGAGCGAUCUUUGAAAGACGCCGAAAACGCGAAGCGAAUACUCAACGAAUACGAAGAUAAAGUAGUGUCCCUACACGACAAAGCGAUGGAGUCCUCCAGAUUGAUAAAGCAGAGCAAAGAGAAGUUUUGUAAGUGUUUGAAGGAGAAGGAAUUGGAAAUAGAGCAGUUGAAACAGAACAACGAGAAUUUGAUCGAGAGCGUUAAAGGGAAAGACGCGAAAUUUAGAAGGAAAGAUGCGGGCGACGACGAUAACCUCAAAACUAUCGCGGAAAAUAGUAGAAAUUUCACGCAGUGCGUGCAACUUUUAGAAAAACAAUUAGAAAACGCUGUCAACGAUAACGAAAAGUAUAAAGACGAAGUUAGGAAACUUGAACAGCAGAUACUCAAUUACGAAUGUAAACUGUGCCAGAAAUACGAACAAAAAGUUAAAAAACAAAAAAUUAAAUUGAACAACAAGAUAAAAGAACAAGAAGCAGUUGAACAUAAGUUGAUGGAUAAGAUUAACGAAUUAAACGUCCAAUUAGAAGCUAACAAAAAUAUGCAAAAAUCUCACGAAAAUCUACAAAAUAAGUACAAAGAAUUGGAGAAUCAAUUGAAAACCCACGAGGAUUACACGGAGAAAUAUACGGUGUUGAACGAAAAACACAAAGAAGACAUCGACAAAUUCAAAAAGAACGAAGAAAAACACGAAAAAGACAAGAAACAACUUCGAAAUUUGGUAAACGAAUUAACCACAGUCGUAAAACAAAACAAAAUAACCCUACUGCAAUUAUCCGAAAUAAAUAAACAACAAGAACGGUUGCUGUUAUCGCAAACGUCCGUGAUUAGCGAAAAAAACGACAAAAUCAAAUUAGUAGAAAGCGAAAUUGAAAUAUUGAAAAAACGAAGCUCGGAGCUGCAAGAAGAAGUGGAAAUAUUGAAAAGAAGCCUGAAAGAACCGUGCAAACACGAGUCGCACCUCAUUUUAAUCGACCAACUCCGGGAAAUAAGGAAAACGCUGAACGAAGAACUAGACAAUCGAUUGAUAAAAGAAAAAAUAAUAGAGGACCAAACCGAAACUAUAACGACGCUACAAAACGAAAUCAAAGACAAAAUAAGCGAACUGAACCGAGCCAGAGAAGAAAACGGCGCCGCCGAAGAGGAAAUUUCGUCGGUGAACGAGGAUCUGUCGAGGGCCCGAAAGGAAUUAGAAGAAGAGAUCGCGCGGAAGGAGAUUUUGAAUAAAAAGUGCGAGGAGCUCGAAAUACGAAAUUCCGCGUUGAGCGUCGAGGUGAUCGAGCUGGAAAAUUUGAUAGAGAAUCGAUUGGGAUCGGAGCGAGGGUCGGAAAUCGAAAGAUUGCAACGAGAAAUCGUCGAAUUGAGAAGGAAGAGCGAGAGCGAGAGAGCGAAGCUGCGCGCGGAGAAGGAGAAAGCGGUCGAAGCGGCGCAAUUCGCCACGCAGAAGUUGUUGGAUACGGUGAACGAUUUCCAAAAACAAGUCGGGGCGCAGAAGAAAGUGCAAUGCUUGUUGACGAAGAUGCUGCACGAUAAAGAGGACGAUUUGAGGACGGUGCACAGGCGGUUGGAUUCUAUAAACACGUUGGCGACCGGUCUGGAUAAUCGGCUGAGUAUCGACGAAAUUUUUCGAGGACAACCCGAUACGAGUAAUUCUUACGUGUCUUCGUGUUCUCGUUGUUCUAGAGAACUCUGUAGAUCGUCGAAUAUAUCCAAGAAGGAUCAAAUGUAUAAUAUUUAUAUUACCGACGAGGAAAAUAAUCAAGAAUUAAAUUAUUAGUGUAUUUAUUUUUUUUUUUAAUAAAUUUCGUUGUUGAUUAUUUUGUUUAUAACAAA